ACUCAAUGUCAAAACAUUAGUUCAGUCGUUGAUUGACCAGAGUAUCACCACACACCUGAGUACGUUUGGAAAACUUUUAUUAUUAUUGCUUAAUUGUAUUAAAUAAUUAAAGUUAACAAUAGAAACUAAAACAGGGGCACUAUGCUACUACUCUUGCUGUUCUAUUUAAGACAGUUGAAAGUGUUGGUGCUCAUAGAGUCAAGUAGAAGAGAAGUGUGCAAGGAGUGAAAGAAAAAAAAAAUGAAUAAACAAAACGCCAAUAAUGAUGGCGUAUUAGAUGAUCAAUCAUCAAAUGUAGGUGCACCGCCAAUAUCUCUGGUUACACCACCACCUCCACUACAGCUUCAAAGAAUGUCUUCCAUUGAAUCUGAACCAAAAACCCUCUUUCAUGGAGAACUCAAUAUAGCAAGGGAGGCAGCAAUUGAAGUCCUCAACAGUCAUCCAAGAGAACAAGCUCUGAAAAUAUUUUUGGCUGGUCUGCAGCCAGUUGAAAUUGCAAAGGAUGCAACUGAAGAUAAUAUUGGAUCUGACUUAGAUGAUGAAGAAUAACAAAGUCUUAGAUUGCAAUAAAGAAUUAUUACAAGAAUAUGAUAUGAUGUUGAUGUUGUUUUAUUGCAUUAGUUGGCAUAAUUAAACUUUUUAUAUUACCAUAAUCUAUCUUACUUUGUACUAGUAUCUGUACUUAGAUGAGCUUAUUCUCAUUCAAAUCAAUGGAAUAAAAUAUUUUAAAGUUUUCUUC